CAAAUAUUGGGCUAAUUAUCAUCCCAAUUGGCAACAAACCCUCAACGGAGCCAAUUAUAUACAUGGUGCCCUAGCUCAUUGAUUCCUUAGUUCUCCUUUGCCCGUUAAUUCACACAAAGGCGACGCCUCUCUGUACUAUCAGAUUUGCAAACUAGUUUUGAAUUAUCUCCUCCGCGAAAGAUGUCUCUGAGCGAACUCGCCUGCAGCUACGCUGCUCUCAUCCUCCACGACGAUGGCAUCCCCGUCACCUCAGAGAAGAUUGCGACACUGGUUAAGGCUGCCAACGUGCCUAUAGAAUCGUACUGGCCAGGCCUCUUUGCCAAGCUUUUUGAGAAGAGGAACAUCGAUGACCUCAUCAUGAACGUUGGAUCUGGUGGAGGUGGUGCCGCCGUCGCCUUUUCCGCCCCCGCUGCUGGCGGUGGUUCCGCUGCCGCCCCCGCCGCCGCAGCUGCUGUUGAGGAGAAGAAG